AGAGAAGAGGCGAGGGGCGGAGGCAAGGCGGGCCACAGAAAUAGGGUGUUGUCAAUGGCCUUCUCUAUCGUGGACAAGUAGCCUUUAAUAAGAAUUGACGGGAAAGCGUAGUUGUUACGUCGGUAAAUAAACAAACUUGUAACUUUUGAAAAUACUUGUGCCUUUCCGAGUCGAGUUCCAUAAGUAUUUGGUGUGAAGAGGGAUGCUAACCAUUUCAAUUGGCUAGCUAGCAGCUUGCUAGCUAGCUAGUUUGCAGAGAGUACCGGCUUGAGACUGGGAGCCAUUUUGUCCCGUCUGGCAGAAAGGAGUAGGAAAUAAAUUUAUGAGCAACAUUUUGAGCUGGCUUGCUAAGUAGUUAGCGCACGUAAGUAAGAGAAACGCUAGAAACUUUGUUAAGCCGGUCGUUCUGCCUCACAGAGUUAGCAGACAUAGUCAAAUUAGCUAGCUGUUUUAAAGAAACUAGCGCCAGCUACACCGUCUGGCUACGUUACUGGAUAGUUCGAUUGGUAUCAUCUGGUAUUUUCGGCGAUUAGCCAUUGUUUGGACAGACCUCGGUGCAAUAAUUACAUAACGUUUAGUUUGUUAAAUGCCAAAUGGCGAAGAAGACCUACGACCUGUUGUUCAAACUGCUCCUGAUCGGGGAUUCGGGUGUGGGAAAGACCUGUGUGCUGUUUCGCUUCUCCGACGACGCGUUUAAUACCACCUUCAUUUCCACUAUCGGAAUUGAUUUCAAGAUCAAAACGGUUGAAUUACAAGGAAAGAAGAUUAAACUGCAGAUAUGGGACACAGCAGGCCAAGAGCGGUUUCACACCAUCACAACCUCCUACUACAGAGGCGCCAUGGGAAUCAUGCUGGUGUACGACAUCACAAACGCAAAGAGCUUCGAGAACAUCAGCAAGUGGCUGCGGAACAUAGAUGAGCAUGCUAACGAAGACGUGGAGAGAAUGCUGCUAGGCAACAAGUGCGACAUCGAAGACAAGCGGGUCGUACCAAAGACAAAGGGAGAACAGAUUGCAAAAGAACACGGCAUCAGGUUUUUUGAAACGAGCGCGAAAGCGAACAUCAACAUCGAAAAGGCCUUCCUCACGCUAGCAGAAGACAUACUUAGAAAGUCGCCGGUGAAAGAGCCCAACAGUGAAAAUGUAGAUAUCAGCAGUGGGAGCGGCAUCACCGGGUGGAAGAGCAAGUGUUGCUGAACAACUCAUCCCCCACUCCUCCUCUCUACACGCCCCUUUCCUCCUCCCUCUCUUUUCCAUCCAAGUUUGGGAGUAAGCCUUGUCAUCUGUUUUCCCUCAUCCCUCACGCGCCAUCUCUGUCCUCUAACCACCGCCCUUCUGUUUUUCCACUCGCAUCCGCUAGACGACAAUGCGUUUUUUUGGUUUUUUAUUUCAAAAUAUGUGUAUACCUGUAGGCAUAAAGAAAUCAUGUUAUAUUUUUUGUCAUUUAUUUUACAACAGAACUUUCACAGCACAGGGUUUCAACCGACCACCACUUUUUCACCGUUUUAAUUUGUUAAAGUUGUUCAGUAAAAAAAAAAAAGGGCCCAGGGUGAGUUCAGCGACCAAAUCGCUGCCGUUUUUUUGCACCCAUGGGAGAUGUAGUCCAUUGCAGGCAGCUUUACAGCAAGCCCUGGACUGCACCUGUCAGCCCCUUUGUAGUCCUCUAAGCAGUGUUUCGCUUACUGGACUCACCCCAGAUACACCUCAAGACUUGUACUAUUGUGGGAAAAAUAAUUGCAAGAAUAAAAUCAUGCAAAUUUAGGAUUUUGUAUAGUGCAGUUGUAGAAUGUCUGUUCUGUACAACUACUUUGUCAUUUGCAGUUUGUAUACAAACGUUACAAAAUGAGUGUUGUAUAGGUUUAGUGUUAAGUUUUCAGUGUCGGAUUACAUUUGUCCUGUGCCUUAUGUGGAUUAAGAGGAACAUAACUUAGGGACAGGGGUGCCACUAAGGCCUGAGGUCCUUAACUCUGGUACUGGAAAGCUAUGUCGGCUGCGUCUUUUCAUUUAAAAUCAAACAAUGGUUGAGACUUACGAAAGCAGGAAAGAUGACAACAACUGUAGUUAUCAGCUACGUUCUGAGUACCUGUGAAAACCAGCACGCUCUGUGCAUCUCCAGAGCUACAGUUAGGGGCCCCUUUCUUAGGUGUGGUGCAUUGACCGAUAUUAACUUGACAGAUUAAUAUAAAGUUCUUAUACACUUAAAAUGUAUGAAUAAUCUAAAAAGGUUGGGCAGAAAAGUUUUAAUUUCUCAAAUUAGAGGAGGAUGUUUUUUCACUGUGUUUUAUUUUACAGUUACUGGGUAUUUUUUUCCUUUAGUUAUUUUCCUGCAUGCUAAUUUCUUUGGAUUGGAAAACUUAAUUUUGCCAAGUUGGUCCUCAAAAGAAAUGGCACUAAACUUGCACAGUACUGGGAAGGGGGGGAAUAGAUAACUAGCUCUUUGGAAAUUCAAACAAUUUGCAGAUCCAUUAAAAUAAGCUUGUUUAAUA